AUGCUUACUGCUGCUUUUGACUUGGUUUGGUCCAUGGGUUUGGACUCGAUUUGGUCGAUGGCGUUCUACGACUUCUACCUUCGCAUUUGCCAACUGAUAAUGCUCUCCGGAGGUAUGUACAUCCUCGCAGCGUACUGGAAUUACAUCCCGGCAAAGUACAACUCAUUCACUCACCGUUGCAACAUGUGCGUCUAUGCAAGAGAAGCGUGGAAAAUCAAGAAUUUCUGUUACCUGGUUUCGUUCGGAUAUGCUGUCGUGUACGGAAGAAGUCACAUCGGCCGCUUCUCGAGCCUUCUUCUGCUCAUCAACUGCGUCGUCGCGUGAGUUUCAUUCUGAGAGUUACGAGUGUUACGGUGCCCUUGAAGCCCAUCCUUUGGUGAUCUACGGGGCCUAGUAUUUCAGUCGGGAAACAAAUGUUAGUCGUUUGUCUGACUCAUCUCCAAAUGCCACAGUCUAUAGGUCCCGGAGAUCACAAAAAGAGUAGUUUCUCAACAGAGCGCAUUCACAUUGGAAUGUCCCGAUAGUACUUUCAACACUGUUUGGCUUGCAUGCAUUUUUGUCUACAUUUACGGAUUUUCAGGUACAUGCAGUAUCCUGCCUUGAUAUAUUUUAACCGUUGCCUCAACAUCCUCGAAUGGAUCCGCCAGAUCAUCCGCAACAUCUUUUUUGCCGUCCUGCUCAGUAAUUGGAAUAUGUAUCACUUGCGCGACUCUGCUCUCAUCGGUCUCGAUUUCUAUUUCUUCAUCAUUGGCACGCUUCUCUUUUUCUUCGGAAUGAGAGUCAAAAUGGAUAACGACAUCAGAACGCACAAUUUUGAUACCUCCAGAAUGAUUUUGCCAUUCUCAGGUAAAUCACUCACUCGACCACGAACGUUAUAUGUACCAUGAAGCUAUGUAUUGCAGGGCUGUGGUUCAGAUUUGUCAUAGCGGCGGAUCAGUACGGAUGCUUCCUCCAGUGGCUCGGAUUCGCUAUGGUCUCCCGAAAUCCGAUUGCGUUCUCGUUUACCGUCUACAAAUGUCUCGUGGCUAUUGGAAAGGCUCACGUUCGCCAUCAGUAAGUAUUAUGUACAAAUUGAAGUAAUCAUCGAUGAUUUUUCAGCUGGUACAAGACUCACAAUCCGCGUCUGGUAGAAUCGGACACCAUCAUACCGGGCGUUCUGUAAUCAACGGUCUCUUACUUUUCAUAACUUUCACUUCUCACUUUGAUGCUUUAUGUGAAGCAGUACAAACAUCAGCUGCUCUUUCAUGAUAUUUCAUAUAAAAAAUACACAGUUUUCUGACCAGAAGAUUUGUAUGAUUCUCACUCGAGUGCCCACCCUAACUUGUACUUUUACCCGUUUCCUGAAACGUUUGCCCUCUCCCCUCUCCCAAAAGACGUUCGUAAUCUCAAAUAAUCCCAGAAAUUCGACCCUCAAUCCUUUUCCCUCUCCGUGCGUUCUUCUCCUCACCCUCACCCACUUAUUGUUGAAGUGAGCCGGGUGUGAGGGUGGACGACGGAAAGCCUAGGGGUGCGUGUGUGCCGAGAGAGAAACCUCUUGUGUGACAUUGGCAGGCGAGCACGUGUUCCAGGAGAGAAGAAGAAGAAAGGGACCUAAAGCCCGCCGCACAUUAUGCAACUGCCCGUCUACUCCCGGCGUCCUCCUUCUCCCUAAUUUUCGGUAGUGCUGGCUCGCGGUCCAUCAAGUGCUGUCGUCGACGUGUGUCCACUUGGCCGAGUGCCCAGAUAGUGAAACAUUGAGAGAGCGGCGGCUCCCGGAAGAGAAAAACAUAUUAAUUUCGAUGAGAACCAAAAGACGAGCGUCUCGGAUCACAUUUCAGAAUUUAUUAUUUUGUUGUCCGCUUCGUAUUCAUCCGCUGCUCUUCUGAAUUCCUUUGUGGCCGGGAGGAAAAAGAACCGCGCACCUCUCAUUAGUAGCUUUCUGACCAGCCGUGGGAGCAGUCGAUUUUUGCUCAAGAUUUCGUAACUGAACUGCUUUCAUAAUUCUCUUGUCCUAAAAGCAAGGAGAGCGCACAAGGUCCCGCCUCCACUCAUUCGCUUGGAUGCUCGGAAUAAAGUUUUCUUAUUGCUCAAUAUUGAACACAUAGAGAAAGGAAGAGAGAGAGUGCAUACGUACACGUUGUAGUAAAAGUUUUACGAGACAAGCGCAUACCUCUACUACCACCCAGUCAGUCACUUCUCCUCCCUCGGGACUUUUUAUUAUAUCCUCCCCCCUUCCCCGAAAGCCGGACACGAGGGUCCCAUCUCAUUUCUUCUCAAGCCGAGUUUCAUUAGUAGCUGCCAACGCUUAUUGCACCGCAUGCUCGACUCGUUUUCACCGUUAAUUACAUGCUAUUAUCAGGAUUUAUGGCUUGGCCCUCAAAGGUGUUUUCUUCUCGCACGGCAUUUCCUGGGUGAUUAGUUGCCAUAGAGACCGGUUUUCGAGAAGUCAAAACGUUUUUCCUUUCUCAAAUGUACCUAAUUUCUGUUCGUUUUUCUAUCUACUUUAUCGAGUACUUCAUGGCAGUUACAGCUACACUUCUUUUCCUUUUUUGUUUCAUUCCAGUAAACAGGGUAGAGCUUCAAAUUAGCUUCACGCUAAACUAUACAAGACGGGAGGAAGAGUGGAAGGUGACAAAAACAAUUAGUCGGGAAAGAUGGUGACUGUGAGUAAUUAGCCAGAGAGGAACCAUACUUUUGCACACAAAUUAGCCGUCCCAGCAGCAUGUUCCACCCUUUCUCCUCUUGUUUUCCAUCUAAUCUUUCGUUCCUCUCAUCGCUAUUGCUCGUUAUUUCCGAAUGUGGCCUUCAGAAGUGCGGCCAUGAGGAUCGAAAUCACCUUGCCGAUUCUCUCCCGCAAUACUCUCUUUCUCAAAAGAGUGUGCCUGCCGUUACAUUACAAUUACGUUAAUUACUGUGGUUUUUGCUGCUCCUCACUGGCACACUCACACAUUUCUCCUUAUUAGGAGAAGGAUGCGCCGUAGUGUAACCAGUCACACAAUAGAGAAGCACAGGCUCAAGGGGAGAGAGAGAAAGAGAGAACGUGGUGCGUCAUGUAUUCGCUUACUGCUACAUUUUACAUCUCAUUUGCACUCUAUAUCCUCCCGGAAUAAGCGAUAAUACACUUAUUGGAUGAGAAACGCAGAUGUGCAAAGACAACUCCCGUACCCACCCGGACCAUCUGUUUGACAAUUGGUGGUGCGCGCACACGCUUACCACAACCCCGAGCCAGCGAAGAAGAGUUCCUUGAAAAGACUUUCCCAUCAUCCCCCCGUUAAUGAUUUCCGAAUCUGCAUACAAAUUGUGCGUGUCCAAAUGUCUUGAACCCGCGCUCUUUCUUCUCCGCUUCCAUCACCCAUUCGGCCGGAUUUGUGUCGAUUUCCGGUGAUUGAAAAUGUGCGGUGUAAUUGUUUUUUAGUUGCUACGUUUCUCUUUCUCCUCGCCCGCUGCGCCGCCGCUUCAUUCAUCGCGCUUUUCUUUUCCUUUUUCGCACAUCAGCAAGGAAACUCCGGGAGGGUAGGUAAACAGGUUUCAGUUAGUUACUCUUACAGUCGAAUUAUACAUAUUACAACCAGUUCAAUUCAUUUCAAACUUUUCUCACCUUCUCCUCCCACUCACCUCUCGUUCAUUGCGGUCAUCGCAGGUGUUUUUUCUGCGUGGUCGUUCGCUGCCCUUCCCUCCAUCUAUUCCUUACCCCCUUACCCCAAAAAUGUCUGCCAAGUACUCUCCUCCCUCUCCCUCUCCUCUCCAUAUCGUCCCCAUUUUUCUUCGUUUGCGGAUUAAAUAUCAUGAUGGCUUGCCGUCCGUCCGUUUUGAACAUUUUUUGUCUUCCGUUGUACCCUAAUCCCGACAAAUAGACCAAUGAUGACCCUUUUUUCUACUGCUGAUCAGAUGAAUUCUUCUAUUCCCUUUUCGUAUAGACCAUUGAACUUUUUUGCAUGAGCUUUUCUAGAGUAGAUUUCCGGAGAAGAUAAUAAAACCUUUUCCAAAAUUGGAAAUUUUCUCUUCUUGGCGGGCAGAGAUAGAAAAAGGAGUAAAUAAUUAACAAUUUUGGUUCCGUACAUGUCAUCCAUCCCAUCCUCCCGUAUCGAAUUCCGUAAAUAUAAUGUCGAGGAGCAAGGUGUCUGGAGGGGGAUGACAAAACGUGAAAACAUUGGAAGAAUACGUCCAAUCGACGGAUAAUUUAUGACAGUUUGUCGGCGGCAGAGGAAGAUGUCGGCUGUCGACAGAGCCAGAUGCUUCUUCUUCUUCUUCUUCCUCUUCACAUGUUGCGCUUUGAGGUCACAUAUCCUUGCUUCCCCCUUCCAUACUACGUUUAUUAUUCUUUUCUUGUCUUCCUCUGGUUGCCUGAUUCGUUUUCUAUUGAAUUUUUAAUGGGAUGCCUGGAUUUCAGGAUAUAGUUGGCAAAAAGCGGUUAAUUUCUAAUUCAGGAAGCAAAAAUGCAAAAAUUGGCUGUUUCUGUUCUGUCAAAACCCAUUAGCAGGGCCGGCUUAUUGCAACUAUUUCAAUUUUCGGUUCAACUACAUUCUAUUUAAUGUUUUCCCACUAAAUUUUUUUGCAACCGCUCCAUAAUUCAAAAAACAAAAAAACAGCACUCAUAAAAGGGAGAAAAACCAUAAAAUUUUCACACUUGUUUCCCUUUUCCGAUAUUAUUCUCUUCACUUUCUUGCGAUCAUCGCCGGGCGGAGCAGUUGGCACAUUCUGGCUGCAAACCUUUUGACAACCAAUAAAUAAAAGCUGAGGUCUGUCGUUUUUCUCACCUGCCCAUCGCAUUGUCUUAAUGGAUCCUCCUGGAUGCGGGCAGCUCAUCAUCAGCGCCAUGUGUCGCUGCGCUCGUCUCUGCGUAAUCUGUCCUGUCGAUAUAUUAUUUAGUUCGAAUCGAAUCUUUCUCUUUCUUUUUCACAAUGGUCAGCUGCUCGGCUCGACCGGAUGCCCUCCCCUUUCUUCCAAUCAACUCACACAGAUUCGGAUUCGAAUGCAACUCUAAACGCAUGACCCAAAACCCAAAAAAACAUAUGAGAAGGGGCUCUCGGAUCAGUAUGCUUGUGGAAUUUAACACUCUCCGGUCUGUAGCAUCUCUCGGUCGUCAUGUUUGCAUUUGGGUGAGCCUCCCCCGAAUGGUUUGUUGGAAAAUCCGCUUAGAAACUGUGUUAUUGCGCGCUCACAUCAUUUCCAAGUGCUUUCGUUCUGUUGCUCUUCCUUUCCCUUUUCUUAUCGAACUCACCUCCAAGUUUGACCCUUUUCGGAAGUGCUCCUCCUCUUUCUCUUUCUUUCUCCUUCUCCUAAUCAAAUUUCCACUCAUUUCUCAAGACGAAGAAGAGCAAAAAAAAGAAGGAUAGGUAAUUGCCUGCUCGUGUCCUGCCCCCUGCCCACGUCCACAUCACGUACGGGUACGGGCAACAAAAAACCGAACAAGAAAUGUGAGAGUGUUUCGAAUUAUUCAUAAGCCUUAGUGAAGCCAAGUGCGUACUGCUAAACAUUUGUAACUUUCACAUUAGCGACUCUGUUGAAACAUGUAUACAAAUGCGCGCAAAAAAGUCGGCGUAGUAAACGAUGUGUACAUGAAACGGCUCCCAUCAGUAAACGUUCUUGAAAACACAGAAAACUAGGAGGCAUCAAACUUGAGCUAAUAUGCUCGAGGAGUCCCUUCGGCCGUUGCCCCUCUCCGUCUCUGUAUAUAUUUGUACUUGGUGACUCAGUGGCGUGUGCCAUCGUCCACUCUCACAGGCUCCCAGUGUCGCCAUUCCUUCUCGCACAUACAUUUUUCCCAAAGUCAUAUGUCAGUUGCCCCCUUCCCUUUGCCUUCGGCGGUGGUCACUCUUGAAAACUUUCACAAUCUUUUCUGUCUCAGAAAAUGCCACCUUGAGAUUAUGGGAGGGGAGAGAGGUCCGAAAGGUCCCAAAACGUCUCUUUCCCUUGAAACGCUAUAAAAUAUGAUGAAUUGGCGUGCGAUUUGGACCGCUUCUCCCCCUUUCCCUCAUUGUCACUCGCCCUUUCCUUUUCUCAAUGACCUACUCAUCUUUAGACUAUAUUCGUUCGUGAGUUGCAUUCAUUUCAUUUCCAACCCCGCUUCUUCUUUCUCGCUUUCUUUCACAUCACCCAAAGUUUUUUGAGUCCCCAAAAAAAGCAGCACCUGCUUAGGAAUGCAGCUGCAGGACAGGUGCCUCUUGGGCAUCGGAUUUUCAUUCCCCUAACCGGGACAAAAAACAACUUUUUUCUGAGCUUUUUUGGCUCUGUUUUUUCGAACCGUUUUUCCUUUCUAUCCCUUUUCACUGCAGAUGGUAUCUCUAAAUAGGCGUGAGCUUUUCGAGGGCCUGUCUAAGAUGGACUUUUAGACCACUUCGAAUAUUCCGAUCGGACCCAAGCUUUGCAGGCUUCUUGGACUUGGAUUAAUGUAUCUCUGGUUGAAGUUUCAAACAGAUCGGAUUAUUGACUCAAGAGAUAUGUAGAUCAGAGUCUGAAAGGACCGAAACUUUUGCAAACCAGGGGGUUUAGGCUCUAGAUCAGUGUAUGUUUAGACAAGAUACUCUGAUAGGGCUGAAACUUGGUCCCAAAUUGUUCAAACCGCUCCUAAAAAGUCUGCAAAGUUUGGGUGUAAUUGGAGCCAUGCAAAUCGUUCAAAGCGAAAAAUCCACCCCCGGACCGACCAAUUGUCCAGCCCUGCUUCAAAUUCAUCAUUCCAUCUUUCAAAGUCAUAUUUCGUUGCGCAACAAACUCGUGUCUCAUCUCAUCCAGAAAUUUUCCUUUUUUUUCUCUUCUCCCGCCAUAUCUCUUCAACUGCCGCCCGCCCAACUGCUCAUUUGUCAAUUGCACCAAAUUACGGGGGAGAAAGAAACAAAUAAGUUUUUGCGGGCCGGAUGGGACCGAUGAUUCCCAUGAGACCAUAUUUGCAUAGGACGGGGGGUCUGGCGCCCCGUUUUGCCCGCUGCCACCCAUCCGAUUUCCGGUCGAUUGACGCCCAAUAUUAUUCACACUCUUACCCCCAUAUACUCUUUAUUGCUUGCCCGCAGGCGAAAUGGCGUACUUUUCCUCUUUUCAAGAUCUAUCUCCUGUAAUUCGAAACAACCCUUCUCUAGAUCUUCUGGGGCGUGGUCGGCGACCCCCGUGCGGCCCUCCCGCCCUCCCUCUCUCUCUCUCUCUCUCUCUCUCUCUCUCUCUCUAUAUCUCUCUUUCUUUCUCUUUUCUCACUUUCGCCCCCCACGCACAGAUCCUAUAUUGGCUUGUUUGUAAUGAAUCUCGCGCCCGUUUCCGACUCCCAUUCCGUCGAUUCCUUUUUCUUGUCCAAUUUUUGGGACACCACCACGCUUUUGCGCACGCAAAGUCCUCGCUCAAUUACUGUCACUACUGCUUUCUGUCAAAACGUCCACAAAAGCGUACGCGUGUAUUUCAGGGCAUGAGAGGAGGAGGACUCGACUAGUUACCAUCACCAUCACCAUCGACAUCCGUCAUCGUUUCAACGUCGUCGUCGGCGUCAUUGCCAUUUGAUAAAGUCUCAGCCUCCUAUUGUCAACGCAGAAAAGGUAACGAGCGUCUAAUAUGUUCUUUAUGAUUCAUUUCCAUUUCUUUUCCAUUUCAGCUACACCAUGAUCUGCAUACUACGACCGAGGUUGAAUAAUCUCUCCUCGAUAUGGUAUACAAUACUGACGACUCUACUCCAAAGCUACUUAAUUUAUCUUGGAUUCGAAAGGUUAGAGCUUCAAUUUGUGACUUUAUAUUUGGAAAACAAUUUCUGUUUCCAGAUACCGAUUGUACAACGAAAUCAAGUGGCCAACGGGAGGAUAUCCGUAUGCCUACCUAGCCGCCUACGCCGUCAUUUACCUCGUUUGCAUUGUUGCGACCUUUCUCUUCUUCACUUGCGGAUUUUUCAAAUCUGGAAAUAUCGCUGGUGACAACGAACGACUGGCCGAGCGCGAGGAGCGUGUUCUCGAAGUAUCUCGUAAUCGGAACGGAGAAAAAUCGGGUUAGUUUUUCUUGGUCCUUAACGAAGUGCGCUACGAUGCCGGAUCUAUUAGUACUAUGUAGUACGAGCCGACGCGAUGUGUUCAGAUUAAAAUCGGUAAUUAUGGAGUCCCCAGAGAAUGGACGACGCACUCCGAAAGCGCCAAUAUUUCAUCUGUUUCCGACCGAUACAUAAAGAUAAUUUAGGAUGCGUUCAUGGCGUCAAGGUCCUGUGGCAACAUCUUCCGCCGCUGCCCCAACAACUACAUGUCAUCAUUGCCGUCUCGCAGCUGAUCGCGCAACAGCUGAUGUUUUCUCAGCUCUUCCGACACGGAUUCGUGAAUUCUGGUGAGAGAUUGGGCGGAGGGUGUGGUCCUUGGGCUAUAAAACAUCUGUUUUCGGCGAUUAAAUCGAGAGUGGCUUUGGAUUGAAUUCCACAAAGAUCGACACAAAUUCAGUUUCUUGAGAACCUCAAUCUCAUCGCGUCAGUCCCCUGUGUGUCUGUGUGUGUGUGGAAAGACGGAUUGAUUGAACAUUGUGCAUAUUACACUGUGAUUUACACACAUACACAUUGCAACAAGGUUGCCUUCGGUUUGUGCGCGAGAGAAUAGGUUAGAGAAAGUGUCUCGUGUUCACAACAAGCCGUUCGGGGGGUGAGAACAAUGAGAAUGCUAAUUACCGGCAUAGGUGUCGAGUGGGCCCAUGGAUUGAUUGUCAAGAGGGCACACGGUAUUAUUGAAAUGCGACACGGAUUCAUGUACAGAUAUCCGCCUCAUUGCUCUUUAUUUGUUAUGUGUCAAUGAGCAAAUCAGUUGGGUUGUGGUACCGAUUGGGAAUAGGAGACUUGUCGAAUCCAGGGAUUUACAGACAUUUCUUGUUUGCGGAUUGGGCUUUUUUUGCUAAGAAAAUUCAUGUUUUCCAGGUGACUUCUUGAACACCGAACUAGAUUUCCUGUACCAACGCUCUCGUCAGCUGGCCACUAACCUUCCGAUUGGAGAGACUCGUCUGCAAGGCUUCAGAAUCACAGCGGAUGAGCUCGCCGGACUUCCUGUCUCUCCGAAUCUUCUGCCAGUGCUCAUGCACAUGAAGCUCUUUGGAAUCCCAUUGGAAAUGAUCAACUUGUUUGUGGCUCUGGUCGCUUACGGGAUUGCCUACCCUGCCGUCUUUUGGAGAGUCUCAAAGCCUUUCAGGUACUGCAACUCAAAUGUCCAAUUAUUCAAAUUUACAUUUUACAGUGUGAUUUUCUCAUUCCAUCUGGUGAUCUACGCUGCUCAAGUGAUCUGGGGAUACAUCUCUUUCUCGGUCCUCUUCCGCAUUCAGGAGACCAAUGUGCACAGUGUUCGGCCAGUUGGUCUUGGUCAGUACCUCGGACCAAUCAAACCGCUUGGAUUCCACAUCUACCAUCCCUACGUGAUCUUGGGCUCGUUUAUCGUUCGACUUGUCAUGACUACCCUCGCCCCGACGGCCAUGUACUCUUACGGAUACAACAAGUUCUACGUGAGUUCCUUCACGCGUUCAAGUGUCCCCUUAUUCUCGUGUUUUCAGGCGAAUGUGCUCAAUGUGCAGCAUCGAAACGCGGCUAGAACUUCUCAGGGACAAGGAGAGUAUGGAGACUACCAAAGACGUUCCUACAGCAGAGUGGAGGGCAACAAAUUGUGCUGUGAUGGAUACCUGCCGCACAUGGAUGCGAUUGCUCUUCUUGUCAUUGUGGCAGCAGCUAUUGGACCGACCAUCUACGCACUUCUGAUUCUCUAUCAACACGAGCAGAAAGGUCUGAUCCUCACUUGCAUCAUCAUUGAUGUUGUCUACAUGUUUUCGUGGAUUCUCAUGUGGCUCGGAAUGACACUGAAGCGUGACUGGAAUUUCAAUGUUACCCACAAAGUGCAUCAAUUCUACGGAUUGAAUGUAAGUUUCACAUUAUGUACAGAUAUUCACAUUAUUGAUGGAAUUCCAGAAAGGAAUGGCAAUUGGACCAAUUCGUGGAAACGAGAAUCCGUCUCAGUUGAAGAAUUCAAUUCUUGUCGUCCACAGAGAUACGGUAAAGACAAUCCGUUGGUUUUUUAACCUAACCAAUGAAAAUUUGUAGAUGUUCGUUACGGAUGAUCAAACCGCCAAACAGUCUCUCCUUCAUGCAAUCCACACUGGAAAGUUCGAGAUGAUCAGUCCGCCAGAUGAUGUAUAUUGGAAGCAUGGACAGCAGAGCCCAUCCACUCGAGCCAAGAUUUUGACCGAGACCGAUGGCAUGAAGAAUAGUCCGGAAAUGUCACGUUUGUUGAGAAUGGGAACUGAUGACACGCAACAAACCAUGAGUUAUCAUUCGGUAAGCAAAUAAAAGAGACUUCACUCUAAUAAUGUUUGAUAAUUUGUUUCUAGAAUGGUGGGCGCAGUAUCACUCAGAACCCGAUGAGCAACUCCCAAAUUCUUCCACGUGGCAACAGCUCUCCGCCUGCUCCGAGCCAGUUUGGCACAAUGCAACGUAGCCAACAAUACGGACAAAUGGGAACUCUCCAAAGAGGGCAAAGCGGUGGAACCCUUCAACGUGGAACUAUGGGUCAUGAAAACGUCUGGAAUCAGUACACAGCAAUUCAAAAGAAGGAGCAACAGCAGCAGGCGUUGGCCCAACGAAGAGAUAGUGGCGACGCGGCGUACGGAAGAGUUGAUAGCACAUAUGGAAGUUACGCAAGAAUUCCAAACGUGGUUAGUGAAGUUUAGUUUCAGAAAUGAUGAAACCGACUUAUUUCAGUCUCGCAUUCAAGUGACUCCGCAGGGCGGACAGAUCCGGUUGAAUGGGUACGGCGGCCUGCAGCAGAACACUCUUCAGCGUCGUGACGUCACUCCACCACAACACUCGCAACAGCCGUCGCUCAGUUCGAUCCGACAGUCUCCACUGCUCUCUGACAGAUCUGGAAUGAACAUUCCUCCUCCACAACCGCUUGUGAGCCGGUGAGAAGAUCGAAAUUCAAAUAGGAAUGUCUUGACGUUAUGUGAUUUCAGCGAGCAGUCUCCUUAUCAACGUUCGGCUAUCAAACUAACGUCUUUUUCGGAAAAUAAGGGAAGUGGAAUCUAUGGCACAAGUGGAAUAGGUUCUGGUUCCCAAAACACGGUCCAAUGGGGUGGAACGCAAAGAGCGGCACCCGGGCAGCCCAGCCAACUUCUCUGGAACACGCCUGCCAACCCGAACGGACAAAAUAAGGUUAAUUUCAUCAUUUGAUUUGUGACGUCCUUUGCACGUUGUAUCUACACCCACGCUUCUCUCUUUCUCAAAAGUUUCGGCACAGUCGUUUUGCUAACCACCAAACAUUUGCAGUCAUCGCUAACCAGCACAACGAACUCUUCGCAGAACGAUGAACAAUGCUUCACCCCGACCUCCACCCUAACCAGUCACGGAAGUAACUACACUCCAACACCCGGAUCGCCGCAAGGCUCCAAUCCGAUCUACUCGAGAAUCAAUGGAGCGUCUUCCACGUCUUCGAAUCUCUACGGAGUCGCCACGAAAGAGAGUCAGUACGCGGACCGGACUCUUCAGAAGAACCCGAUCAAAUCGACAACGGUGACCGCCGGAAACACGGUGCCUCGGUCUUUGAAUGGAACAGACGACAGUGUCUCCAGUUUUUCUGCAAUCCGUCCACCCACCGGCGUACUUAACCAAAACGACUUUGCAACCAGUAUUGUGUGAAUAAUUGUUUCAGCUUCCAUCACCAUUUUUGGUAGGUCACAUUUCUACCAAAAACGGUUAACGCCAACUAACCAGUCUGUUCGUUUAGGACCCGUACUGA